UUAAGAUGAGCUUUUCUAAUGAGAAAAGUGGCUGCGAUCAGGCCAAGGGAUAUAGCAUUGGAAACCAGAAACAUCAGCGGGGGAAGCCAGCUCUCCCCUGCUGCAGCCCGGAACGCAUGGCUGUGUUUCUUGCUGACCUGAGUGGACGGGGAUUAGCACGGCGGGGGGGUGAGGCAGAAAAUGAGGUUUGCAGCGGGAAGCGCUAUGCUGGCAAGGUGCGGGCUGGAGGUUUCACAGUUAAAUCCCAGCCUUGCCUGACAGUGACGGUGGAUCCCAGCAGGAGCUGAGAUGGCCAUUGCACCUAAAGCGGCAGAAAACGCCAUUGGCUUGGAGGAAAUCCACGCAGAGAGACAAGAACACCCAAAAGGGCAGAAGACAUUUACAGUGGAAGAAGCUGUGGAAACCAUUGGGUUUGGGAGGUUCCACAUCAUGCUUUUCCUGAUCAUGGGCAGCACUGGGGUGGCUGAAGCCAUGGAGAUCAUGCUAAUAGCCGUUGUGUCCCCUCUCAUCCGAUGUGAGUGGCAGCUUCAAGACUGGCAGGUGGCUUUAGUGACAACGAUGGUGUUUUUUGGCUACAUGGUCUUCAGCAUAGUGCUUGGGCUCCUGGCCGACAGGUAUGGCCGCUGGAAGAUUCUGCUGCUCUCGUUCCUCUGGGCAGCCUACUUCUCCCUGCUGACCUCAUUUGCCCCAUCCUACAUCUGGUUCGUGUUCCUGCGGGCCAUGGUAGGAGGUGGCGUGUCGGGCCAUGCGCAAGGGCUUAUCAUAAAAACGGAAUUUUUGCCCACCAAAUACCGAGGAUACAUGUUGCCCUUAGGUAAGAGUGAGCACGUGUUUUGGUUGGCAGGAUCCUUGUUAAUCAUUGGCCUGGCAUCGGUGGUGAACCCAACCAUCGGCUGGCGGUGGCUGAUCAGAAUUGCCUCCAUCCCCGGCAUCCUUCUCAUCCUGGUGUUCAAGUUCAUCCCAGAGUCAGCGCGGUACAACAUCUCCACGGGAAACGUGGCGGCUGCCCUGGCCACGCUGCAGAGGAUAGCCAAGAUGAACGGGGCAGUGAUGCCCGAGGGGGUGCUGAGGGAGCCCGCCAAGGAAAGGAGAGGAAGAUUCAAGGACCUUAUCCACCCCAAAUACUUCAGAACCACUUUGCAGAUAUGGAUCGUAUGGCUUGGCAUAGCGUUUGCUUAUUACGGCGUCAUCUUGGCCAGCGCUGAGUUGCUGGAGCGGGACCUUGUCUGUGGCUCCACGGCACCACCGGCGCAGGACUCCGGCGAUGACUCCGAGGAGAGCCGCGGCCCCUGCCACUGCCACUUGUUCGGGCCCGCCGCCUACCAGACCAUGAUCAUCAGCACAGUCGGAGAGAUCGCACUAAAUCCUUUGAACAUUCUCGGCAUCAAUUUCCUCGGAAGACGACUGAGCCUGUGUAUCACCAUGGGAUGUACGGCCCUAUUCUUUCUUCUCCUUAAUAUCUGCACCUCGAGCACAGGCAUGACUGGGUUUCUCUUCAUGCUGCGUGCUUUGGUUUCAGCAAACUUCAACACCAUCUACAUUUACACAGCAGAGGUUUAUCCCACCACAAUGCGAGCCCUGGGGAUGGGAACAAGUGGGUCAUUGUGCCGUGUUGGAGCUAUGGUGGCCCCAUUUAUAUCACAAGUUCUUAUGAGCGCUUCUUUCAUUGGGGCCCUGUGUCUUUUCUCAUCUGUGUGCGUCGUGUGUGCAAUCUCUGCAUUCACGCUGCCCAUCGAGACCAAGGGCAGAGCACUGCAGGUUUGUAUUACCGCUCUUGGGUAUCUAAAUGCUCUUUAG